AUAGUGAAAAAGUAAUUCAGUGUAAACAAAUAUUCAUCAUGGCUUCCAGCAAAGGCUCCGGGCCGCAAGUAAUUGACAUUUCCAAGCUAAAUUUGGAGCAAUUGACGGCAUUAAAAAAUCAACUUGACCAGGAGCUACAGUUUUUCAAUGAGUCGCUGCAACAGUUGAAAAUUGCCCAGUUGAAGUUCAGUGAGUCUGGAGAAUGUGUGGAGAAGGUAACACCAGAAACUAAAGGGAAGGAAAUGUUGGUACCUCUCACGAGUUGCAUGUAUGUUCCUGGCACAAUAGCCGAUGCUGAGAAGUUACUCAUUGACAUAGGCACAGGCUAUUAUGUUGAGCGGGAUGUAAAUGGUGCCAAGGACUACUUUAGCAGAAAGGUCAAAUUUGUGACUGAACAAAUGGAGAAAAUUCAAAAAAUAGCAUCUGAGAAAAGCAAGCUAAGAGAAGUUGUUAUGGACAUGAUGGAAGUGAAACUUGAUCAGCAGUUAGCAGUGAUACAGCAACAACAGGCUGAGGCAGAGGCAGCAAAGGCUGCGGCUAAGGCAGCUGAAGAAGAAAUGUGAUAGUAAAUAACUUUUUUUGUCAUCGUCCGUAAUAUAUAAAUAAUGCAAUAUUUAAUUAGGCAUCCUUUUUAUUUACGUCUUAGGUACAUCAAUCUGUAUUUGGGCACGACAUUUCAUUUUGCUAUCAACUAAUAUAGGCAAAAAAUUAUAUGGUAAUCAGUAUUUGGCUUACAGAAGCUCAGCUUACAAUAUUAAAGUUUCCUGUGGAAAAGAAUGUCUCAUUCUCUAGUGAUUCUCAUGAGAAUAUUCAGUACAGGCAGUCCCUGAGUUAUGACCGUCCAACUUACGAACAGGAUCACAAUACCUGUACAGUCUUUGCCAAAAAAAUUUAAAUUAAAAUUCCAUUUUUUACAUUUUCAUUAUUCUAUACUGUAUUGUUUAACAUCACAUACAGCUGUUUUCUCAGUCCACUGGGAGCUUGAACACAUACAGGAGGUAGCUCCCACACAUGAAUGGGUUUAUUAAACACCAUUUUGAGGCCUCUCGCCAGUCGGACGCAUCAAUGAUGUGUAAGACUGGUGAGAGAGACCGCAGAAAUGCAUUUAAAAAGCCCAUUCAUGUGUGGGAGCUAGCUCCUGAAUGUAAUGACAGAGAAAAUGGCUGUUUAUUUACAUUAUUUGUUGUGUGGGAUAUUAUUGUUGUUUUGUAUGGGAAGGUUCCAGGAAUGUAUACCUGUCGUAAGUCGGGGACUGCCUGUAUGCAGGCACUCCCCGGGUUACGAAUGAGUUCCGUUCCCAAGGACAUUCUUAAGUUGAAACACAUACCAUAUGUGCAUACCGUACUUAUAAAACAGUGUUUAAAAUCCCACUAUAUUGUAGUCUGUCCUUAUAUACAUCUAAAAUCACUUAAGAGAAAUGACAAAAUGCAGUAAAAAAAAAAUGAGUCCUCAGGUAAAUAAAAUACUGUAAAUUUAAAGUUUGACCCUAUCGGACCUCGUUCGUAACCCGGGGACUGCCUGUAUAGGUCAAAUGGUUUUUAAGUCGUCUUAUAAAACUAAAUAUAUUAAAAGAAAAAGAUGCAUGCAGCCCUAUUUUCCUUUGUCAUUGAAUAAGAAAUCUGUGUUAAUAAUGUUUGUUGGUUGUGUAUUUUAUUGAAAAAUUAAUGUUGAUAUGGCUUUACUUAAUGAAUUUAUUGUUUGUUUUUAUUAAUUUUAUAUUCAUCUUUUUGCCUCAACUUCUAUUAGUAAACUUCAAAGUCUUAUGCCUUUGUAAAUUACCCUAACCUAUGGGAUAUUGAAAUAAUUUAUAACAUCAAAUAAUUUAUUCUAUCCCGUAAGCCAACAAAAUGGUAUUCUAGAACAGUUGAUACUAUAGCAUUAAGGUUUUACAUAAAAACUCUACAGUAUUUACAGAGAUGAUGCUUCCUGUCCCUCACUACCUGCAUUAUAAAUUCUUACCCAAAACAGAGGAGCCACCUGCAUGGGGGUGCUAUUCAAAAGGUGCUGCUUCCUAACAGAUUAUCAUAUACCUGUCAUGGAAAUGUCUUACUCAUAAAUUAAGACCUCUGAAUUCUGAAAUGCAUGCCAAGCCAUGCCUUUAUCUAAGCAGCAUUAACAAAUAUUACACAUGAUAACAUCAGCCACUGACAUGGUCAGCCAAUACUUCAAUAUUUACAAUUGCUCCAAAACACAAUCUCACUCUGUGAUUAAAACACUGAAACAGGCUUAUUAGGCUAAAAAUGCUAUUAUACAGUGAGCUGAGGGACAGCCAUGUGACAGUUCUGCGAUAAUAUGCCCUGGGGUAUUACAUCAAUAAAGCUCAUUAUUUGCCUCCACAAACAAAGUCCUCACUGAGGUAAAACCUAUGGAAAUGUGUGGCUAAGUAUGUCACAAACCUAACGUGAAUCUACUGUUGCUCCCACGGGUAACAACAGUGGUGGGUAAAUGAAGUUCAUGAGCAUGAAAAAACAAAACAGUCCUGUGGCACUACCCUCUAUGAAGGAAGGAGGCAGAGUGAAUUAAGUGGCACCACACCUGCAACUGAAAUCACAAGUUCAUGUGUAAUAUGAGUUGGGGUACAACAUAGGAGAGCUAAGUCCCUCCAUGUACAAGGUGUCACACAAUACUUUCCUCCACAUAAUGUUUGAUACUGAUGGACAGCUGAUAACAGCAUUACAUGAUAUAUGCAUAUAAUGCAAGCAUUAAAAUAUAUGGAGUGAUUACUUGCCACAGCCCUGUUAUAGUGCAUGGAUAUAGCUCAUUCAAUAUAAAUAUUUAACAAAAUCAUGAGAAACUUUGAGAAAGGACAUUAUAGAUUGCCAGUAGCACAAUACCUUCAUUACAAUAAAUGACUGUGUGGACAAUUCACUAAUUGACAUUGAAAAUAAUGAUUUUACUUUAAAAUUGGACUUUGUAUUAUGUACUAAAGAUUUUUCUAGGGACCUGAAAGACUAAAUGGGUUAAAUCAGAUUAAUGAAAUGAGGUUGUCAAUUUCUGUUGUAAUAAUAACCUGACCCUACUUAGUAUGAAGAAAUACUUCUUGAUAAAAUCCCUAUGCUCGUACAAAUUUUUUGCAUUUUGAACACGUUUCCCUGAAACAGUGGACAAUAAAAUGUCGAUAUAACAUUUCUGAGAAAGCUCUGAAAAAUGCUGAAACAAAAGAGUCUAAAUUAUCUAUGUAUUCCAUAACACUAAAACCAUUUUGAUUAAGAUAUGUGAUAUGAAUUUUUGUUACAUUGUUCAAUAAAGAUGUGAACUGAGA